AUGCCUAUUGCUAGUGGUUUCUCACGAGAUCCAAAUCUAAACUAUUCUGUUCGCAAACCAGGUAAAACAGAAGUUUUAGAUGAAUCCAUCUAUUACAAGCGUGAUGUACCAUUUGAAAAACCUGUUGAGGUUGUCAAUCGACCAAUUAUCAAAGAAACAAUCUUUUUGCCUGAUCGUAAACCACCACCAUUAACGACACAUCGAGAUGCAUACACGGUUUCACCUGAACCAGUUUCAACUGUCUAUACAACAACAGCAAACGCACCAUCUUCAGGUUCAUUCAAUCUUGUUCGUGCUUUAGGAUUGAAUGCUGAUUGUCCAUGUUGGGCAUGGAUUUUGAUUGUUUUUGGUAUUGUUCUUCUUCUUGGCCUUAUUGCCAUGUGUCUAUAUUUUAUUAUUGAUCGUGACAGAAAUGAUUAA